AUGAGUAAAGACUCCUCCGUAACCCACCUACACAUGCACCAACCCCGACUAGCCGACCUCUUCGAAGAAUUCACAAAACCACACCUGUCCAGCGCCGGAAUCUCCUCCGGCACCCAAAACAAUCUAACACAAUCCUCGACAAACAACCCCAACGCAACAACCUAUGCCUCCUCCCCAUCAACAAUCCCCUCCUUCCUCCCCAUCGAAGACAUCUACCUCCAACCGCAAUACCAGCCGCCCAACCCGGAAGACGAAGACGAUGUCGUCCCGGAUCAACAUGCUGCGUUUGGGAUUGCGCGCGCUAUGGAGCGUAGACAUGAGGCUGUGUGGAGGGAUUUGGGUCUUGAGGCUUUGGUAAAUGGGCAGGGUCAUGGGGGUGGUGCUGCCGCUGUGAAUGGGGGUGUUGGUGCUGGCGGUGCUGGUGCUGGGGCGGGACCUGGGGCGACGUUGAGGGGGAGUGGUGGUGGUGCUGCUUCGGCGGCGUCGGCGGCUGUGAGGGUUAGGAGUGCGGGGAGGAGGAUGGGUGGGCGGAGGACUGUUAGUUUGCGUUGA